AUGGGUAUAACAGGGCUGAUUCCGUUUCUGGAAAAAGCGUCCAGCCAGUUUCACUUGCGCGACCUCCGGGGCCAGUGCGUAGCUAUCGAUAGUUACUGUUGGCUACACAAAGGCGCUUUCGCCUGUGCAGACAAACUUGCCCGUGGAGAGCCGACUGACGUUCACAUCCAGUACUGCCUAAAAUACGUCAACCUUUUGCUGUCCCACGAUAUCAAACCGAUUCUGGUGUUCGAUGGCAGACACCUCCCGGCGAAAGCUGCUACAGAAGCUAAGCGACGAGAAAGUAGAAACAGUUCUAAGAAACGGGCAGCUGAAUUGCUGCGGGAUGGUAGGAUUGAUGAAGCCAGAAGUUUCCUGCGUCGUUGCGUUGACAUCACCCACGGUAUGGCUUUACAGCUGAUACAGGAGUGCCGGAAGCGAAACGUGGACUGUGUGGUAGCCCCGUAUGAAGCCGACGCUCAGUUAGCUUUUCUCAACAAGAAAGGCAUUGCACAGGCUGUAAUAACGGAAGAUUCCGACCUGAUGCUUUUCGGAUGCAGUAAGGUUUUGUUUAAACUUGAUCUUAACGGACAGGGCAUGAUGAUUGAAGCCGAUAAACUAUACUUGGCUAUGGGAUGCAAAGAAGAAAAAUAUUCUUUUGAUAAGUUUCGUUACAUGUGUAUUUUGUCUGGAUGCGAUUAUAUGGACUCGCUUCCAGGAAUAGGAUUGGCCAAAGCGCGGAAAUUUGUUCUCCUGACCGAAGAAACAGAUGUACGGAAAGCGCUAGCUAAAAUACCCGCUUACCUUAAUAUGAGACACCUGGAAGUAACUGACGAAUACAAGAUGGAUUUUCUGAAAGCAGAUGCCACAUUUAAGCAUAUGGUGGUAUAUGAUCCGACGAAAAGAGAACAAACAAGGUUGAAUGACCCUGAAGAGAUGGGAACGGAUUCUGAGCUGUGCUGCAACGCAGGCAGUUUUUUAGAUGAAGGAACGGCACUUCAACUUGCUUUGGGCAAUUUGGAUCCCUUCAGCAUGAAAAGCAUGGAUGACUGGCAUCCGGAUCAUGAAGGCUGUCAACCGACCGGUGGAAAAACGAUGAGCUGGAAACAAUCAUCAAUUGCAAAGCAUACCAGUGUUUGGAAACCUAACUAUCAAACACGAAGACCGAGUUCAGAAAGUAUUCGGGAAAAUUUGAUAAUAAAAAACCACUUUAAAGCAGCAGAGACGCACGCAAAACGACCUGUUCCUAAUCCGGAUUUUGAGAAUGCUGAAAAGCAUGAAACUAUCGACGAUCUCUUGAAUGCUUAUGGAAUUAAAUCAAAAAAUGAACAGCCACCUUUGAAGAAACUUUGUUUGACUACAGCUUCUGUUUCAUCGAUUAGUUUUGCUGAUAGUACACAAGUGCUUGAGAAUAUGCCAUCUUUCGAAUGCAGCCCCAGUAAACUACAUUCACGGCGUAAUCCAUUCCAGAUAAGUUCAACCGAUUCCACUUCUAUCAGGAGUCGCGACUCAAGGUCAGAAGUUUUAUCACCGACGAAACUCACCAUAGAAAAUAGCUCUUUGCUACGGAACGUUAGUCCGGUGAAGAAGAUAGAAUUUUCCGCUAGUUCCACUAGUUAUUCUAUUCAAGCCACAUCCAGUAAAACUAAUAAACUAAGCCGGUUUAAGCGGGCGACUGUAACUAAUGUGGACGAUGGACAAAAGGUAAUUAGUAGGUUUUUUUCGACAUCGAUUGCUACUAGCGAAACAAUUUCUGAAGAAUGCAACCAAGACGGUACCGUCGACGCCACAAGUGUUUACUUGCUUUCGCCGGAAGCAAAGCUGCACCAACGAGGCGAUUCAACGCCCAAAAAGCAAAAACCACUCUCCGGACUGGUCGAGCGCUUGUACUCGCCAGAUCCUCCGACAAAACGUUUUGACCAGUGCACGGAAGCAGUGGACAAUGGGUUCAUUGAAGAACCGGAACAAGGCUUCAGCUCGUCGCAGAAAGAGAACGAGAUCACGGUGAAAGAUGAAGUGACAAAUGGGAAAACGUCUCGGUUGCAAUUAUUUUCCAAACAGGACCCCAUUCGACUAACGGAGAACGUUACCAGUGCUAGUGUCACUGUAGCGCAAGACGCGAAGCAGCCGGAAUCGACUGACGAUUUGGCGAUUGUCAUUGAGGACGAAGAGGAGACUGAUAAGCCUGAUCCGACCACUAGAGGAGUGCAAUUAAGUAGGCAAAAUUCCAAGCCUUCUAGUCGACGGGUAGGAUUAGCUAAAGGAAAAAGGGUAAAGGACGUAGGACCAACGCAGAGCAAACUUUCCAUGUUUGGAUUCCAAAAGAAGUAUGUGAUACAGCAGUAA